GUUUGGGGGUGAGGAGAUCAUGGAAGGGGUGGCUUCCAAAGCAGUUGGUGCCUUUGCUGCUCAGGAUGGUGCUCUGCCAGUGCAAAAAACACUCUGUGUAUGAACUCUGGCCGUCUUUUGUUUGGUUCCACGCCCAUGUAGAAUAUUCUCUGAUGAUCAUUUGAAAGUGGAAUUUUGAGUUUUGCGCUUCAGUUUUCAGUGCUUGGGGUGUCUGUGGUGUGAAUGAGCCUUGCCUUGGAGGAGCACUGAGGCACAGCUGCCAGGGUCUCCCCUGCACAGAGGGCUGAGCCAGGUAACAGCUCAGUGCUGGAGAAAGGAACCUCUCCCCUCACACACCAGUCCCGGGCACCAAAGGGGAACGCAGCCCUGUGAGUACUUGUCUUGCUUGAAAAGGCAUGAGUUGGCUUGUGCAGAAUUAGACAUCAAAUUUUUCAUGCCAAUUUUCAGGGAUUGCAAAAGUUUCAGGAACAAUGAGAUCCAGUUUGAGGCACCUGAUUUUUAACUGCUUUUUAGAGAUAGAUUUGGGUAUCUGCAAGCUGUCCUGAAACUCCCUGAUGUGUGGGGCUCCCAGGGCACGAGCAGGCAGCUCCUCGUGCCAGCUCACACAAAGGCUCUUGCACAGCCCCAGCAGGGCCAGGGUCCCUCUCCACAGCACGAAGGCUCUCUGGGCUCUGGUGCCACAUUCACGCUCUGCUUGCAGUGCACUUCAGCUCCUCACAAACCUGAGUUCCUCCUGCAUGAAGCGUGUGACCCAGAGCCAGUGGGGCUACAAGGGCUGUCCCUUCAGCUGGAGUUCCCCUCACCUCCAGCAGUGCAUCCCUUUGAUUUCCAGCCCAGUCUGCUGAAUUCUCUGCAGAAUCCCUUUUCCUUCUCCCAGACCAGGCAGUUCAGUCCUGACCCUCUGCCAGGGAGGUAAUCUCUCUUCUCUGGGACAUUGUUCUUUUUCUGGAGAGUCUCAGAGAAGCCAGUCUGAACUUGGGAGAGCUGAGAUCUUGGCAAGGAGGAGAGGCUGGCAGUUAGACACUGGGGAAGGUUUAUUUUCCCUCCAGAAUUUUCUUUCCAAGGUGAGUACUCUCAAUUGCAGGUGGAUGGAAUCCAAGCCCCGGAGGCUGUUUGGUCACCAGGCAGUGACUUCACUUUGGGCUGGGCUUCCCUCUCUCUCCAGCUCUGCAGAAGACUGAGCAGAUACCAAGAGGAGCAAAAGAUAAAGCAGAGGGGCUCUCCAUGAAGGAGGUGGGUGACGGGCUGCACGAGCAGAUGAACUGCAUGAUGGGCGCCCUGCAGGAGCUGAAGCUGCUGCAGGUGCAGACGGCCCUGGAGCAGUUGGACAUCUCGGGGCGCCGCAGCCCCGCGGAGCAGCGCCGCUGCUGCCGGAGCAGCGCGGGGGCCGGGCAGGACCCGCGCCCGGGGGGAGCCCAGGGACGCUGCCCCCCACCCCCGGCGUGUCCCCUGCCACAGCCAGCCCCAGCCGGCUCGUCCCGGCCCGCUGCAUCCCCGGAGAGCGGCCAGCCUCCAGACACCCCCUGCUCCUCGCGGAGCCUCGGCGGGGAGGGUCCGUGCCCCCCGAAAGGACCCUCUGCGAGCGGCAGCCGGGGCACGGCUGGGGCCUGGCCGCUGUGCCAGGAGUGCCCGGGCUGUGACGAUGGCCACGACUGGACGUCGUCCCUGAUGUCGCAGAGCAGGAACCGGCAGCCGCUGGUGCUGGGGGACAACAUCUUCGCAGACUUGGUGGGGAACUGGCUGGACCUGCCUGAGCUGGAUAAGAAGGGGGAGAAGAGCGAGGCGUCCCUGUCCGUGAGCAGAUCCCAGGAGCUCUGCAGGAAGUUCUCCCUCACGGCCAACAUCUUCAAGAAGUUCCUGAGGAGCGUGCGGCCGGACCGCGACAGGCUGCUCAAGGAGAAGCCCGGCUGGCUCCCUCCCGAGGACAAACAGCCCGAGAUCUCCAAGAGGUCCAAAAAGAUCAGCAAACUCAAGGGGACAUUUUACCUGCCCCUUCACGGGAACCUGCAGAGCCACCACAGCAAAGCAGAGAGGUGCCCACGGGCAGACAGCCGCGGCGAGCACCCCAAAAUGGGCACCAGGAAAGUGCCCGAGCCCAGAGCCUACAGCCAGGCGGGGUUUGACAUCAACACGGCCGUGUGGGUCUGAGCCUCUGCUCUGCCCAGCAUCUCCACACCCACGCGAGGCCGCGCUCACCUGCUCAGGGGGCUCCUGAGCUCUCCACAGGGACGAGAGAGGAUCCUGCAGGCUUCACUCGCCUGCACGUGGAACUUUCUGGAGAGCUACGGCUUCAGGGACUGCCUGAGCAGCUGCUGGUGCAGCCCCACGUGGGGAGACCUUUGGGGACCAAUACUGGUAAAAACAAUGCAGGUCUUUAGCAGCUUUAGGGUGGAUGGUGCCACAGGUGCCAGGCCCAUUCCAUCAUCUCCAGCUCAAUGGUGCAGCACAAAAUCCAUGGUGUGCAUGUGUGUGUAUGAGUGUGCAAAUAUAUAUAUAUAUAUAGUUUUGUUAAAAAAAUCUAUUCCUGCUUGUGUGCACUUGAAACUGGGUUACAAGCCAGGCAUCCCAAGCCUUGUACCUGAAGCACUUGUUAUUUAAAUGGAAAGAAAAAGUUUGAAUUUAUAAGACUUGAACAAUUGCUGAGUGGGGGGCAAACCCCCGACUUUGGGGGGUUUCCCCUCAAACUGUGUCCCUGGUGCCCUCCCAGCAUCUCUCCCUCCCCUGCUGGUCCAACCAGUGGGGCACAAGGCUCCUUACAGGGGUUUGUGGCCUGGGGGCUGGGUGGGUUUGCCCCUCUCCCCUCCCUUGUCCCCUGGUCGCUCCAGGUGCAGCACUGCUGAAGUUUAUUGCUGGAUUCUCACCCGGGUGCAAAGUUCAGUCCCCGUCUCCUGUUGUGUUCCCCGUUGCUGUUGUACAAACCCCCUUGGACAGAACCAAGUUCUUCCGUGUCCGACUCUCCGAGAGUUUGCAAUAAAGUGGGAUUGUCUCACUCGGC